ACUGCAUCAUUGUGAAAUCGUUCUCCGCAGUAAGCAGAUCGGGUUCUCCGUGAAAAUUCUUAGAAAAAAAGAAACAAAUAUAAUUUUACUUUUCGUCACGAACUAAUUAACUAUGGCACGUACCAAGCAGACCGCCCGUAAAUCUACUGGAGGCAAGGCUCCACGUAAGCAGCUGGCCACUAAGGCAGCCCGUAAAUCGGCCCCGUCCACAGGUGGUGUUAAGAAGCCCCAUCGUUAUCGUCCCGGUACAGUGGCUCUGCGUGAGAUCCGUCGCUACCAGAAGUCGACCGAGUUGCUCAUCCGCAAGUUGCCUUUCCAGCGUUUGGUGCGUGAAAUCGCACAGGAUUUCAAGACCGACUUGCGUUUCCAGUCGGCCGCUAUUGGUGCCUUGCAGGAAGCUUCUGAAGCCUAUUUGGUGGGCUUGUUUGAGGACACCAACUUGUGCGCUAUUCACGCCAAGCGUGUCACCAUUAUGCCCAAGGAUAUUCAGUUGGCGCGUCGCAUCCGUGGCGAGCGUGCUUAAGCGGCAAGAAAGCAAAUAAUGAUAACAAACAACAACAGAUUACACAACAAAUCACAUUCAUAUUAUAUAUACGUGCAUAGUUUGAUUAAUAGUUUAACAAAAUUCGUCAAUUGGAGCUUGAUUUCAUUUAAUAUCUUACACAGCAUAAAUAUAAAAACUAUCUACAUAUAGAGAGCAUUAUUAUAUAACCACACGCAUAUAAAAACAUAAUCUAUGAAUAUUAUAAUUAAUAACUGUAAUACUUAUUAUUAUUAUUAUUAUUAUUAUUAUGAUUAUAUUAGAAUUGUAUAUUAGUUUUUUAAGUUUGUAGAUCGCCCGCUGACCACAUUGCGUCGGCAGUCGCCAUCAAAACACGAACCUACGGUAGAUGCCGUUGCAGCCAGAUCGCUGGCAUCGGGCCGCCAUCUCGAACAUCGCCCCUAACUCCAACAGCGCAUGCAGCGUGCUGCCACAGGCAGUGUUGAACUCUAAGACGGCAGCGUACAGCAGUCCCCAACAUCAUCAAUAACAACAACCAAACAGACAGAACCGAAAGAAGCUGCUGUACGUUCUCCGGCCGCCAAAUCAGAUCCUCGGGUGAGUGAGAGCAACGCUUCCUGUGGCAGCGCUUAAGCGUUGCAUGUGCGGCAAGGUGGCGAGCGCGAUGCCAGCGAUCGUUGCAACUGUGUUGCGGCUGCCACAUGGCGCAACGUGGACAGCGGGCGAUCGGGCCAAUUGACCAACAUCGCAAAUUGGCCAACAAACAUUUCUUUGAACACAUCAGAAAUGAGUACACAAAUAAUACUGCAUCUAUUUUAUAUAAUACUUUAUUUUUUUUCACACAUAUAUAUAUAUAAAUAUAAUUUUUUUGAGGAAACAACUUAAAUGUGGAAAGAGGCCCAUUUGGGCGUGGUAGUUGAUUAAAUAAGUUUUAGAAUUACAUGCAUUUUAUACGUUUAGGCAAAAAAGUACAGAAAACAAAAAAUACGAUAAAACAGAAAACACAGAAUGAUAAA